AUGUCGGGCGGUCAGGCUGGUACUGCACGCCGCCCGCUGCGCUCGGGAGGCGCCGGAGGCACCAUGCCCGCCAACGGGUUCACCUACAUCGGGAACCAUCAGCCGCUGACGCUGAAUAACGGUGCGCCCGCACACCACCUCAAUAACGGCUCGUUGCGUUCCUUGCCCGACAAGAAGAACAACCGCAACGGGUUAGUCUGCCAUCCGGAAAACUUCCAGCGUAAUCUGGACACCCGAUAUCCGCGAAAGCAGGAGAACGGCUAUCUGCGGAAUUCGGAGACGGUGCUGGGGUUUUCGAGGGCGGACCGGGACUAUGAGCGGGAAGCGACGGAUUACAGCGAGCCGGAAUACUCGAUAAUCCCCGAGAGCUUCUCACGAGAUGAGUUCCCGCGUUCUUGUACGCACUCUAAUACUUUUAACUGUUGA